AUGAGCGCAGAAAGGAAAUUCAUGAGUUUGGAGAAGAAAUUCGCUGCAAAAUCGCAGCUGACGAAGCAGUACUUUGAGUUCUUGGGAGAAUACGAAUCGAUGAGUCACUUGAAGCAGGUGGAGAAGGAAGAGGAUGGAAGUCCUAAACAGCCGGAAGCGAGUGCUCGCGACAAACGGGACAAGCACUCGCAGAAACGGGCGAUUCAGCCGUCAGGUGAGGAGCUGUCUGGCGGUGCCAUCAAGGCUAGGCGUGUACUUACCUCGAAGGUCGGCAGUAAUGCCGGACGAGCCAGCCUUCUCAGGCCCACCCUUCCCAGCUUUCCGGGACACCUGGCUGUAGUCCGACUUGCCAGCAUUGCUGCCGACCUUCUGGAAGGCAAGAAGACAAGAAGACAAGAAGGCAAGAAGGCAAGAAGGCAACAAGGCAACAAGGCAACAAGGCAACAAGGCAACAAGGCAACAAGGCAACAAGGCAACAAGGCAACAAGGCAACAAGGCAACAAGGCAACAAGGCAACAAGGCAACAAGGCAACAAGGCAACAAGGCAACAAGGCAACAAGGCAACAAGGCAACAAGGCAACAAGGCAACAAGGCAACAAGGCAACAAGGCAACAAGGCAACAAGGCAACACGGCAACAAGGCAACAACCCUACUUACAAAACAAACGACAAACGGCAAAAGAAAAACGACAAACGGCAAACGACACAAACGACAAACGACACAAACGACAAACGACACAAACGACAAACGACACAAACGACAAACGACACAAACGACAAACGACACAAACGACAAACGACACAAACGACAAACGACACAAACGACAAACGACACAAACGACAAAUGACACAAACGACAAACGACACAAACGACAAACGACACAAACGACAAACGACACAAACGACAAACGACACAAACGACAAACGACACAAACGACACAAACGACAAACGACACAAACGACACAAACGACAAACGACACAAACGACAAACGACACAAACGACAAACGACACAAACGACAAACGACACAAACGACAAACGACACAAACGACAAACGAAACAAACGACAAACGACAAACGACAAACGACAAACGACAAACGACAAACGACAAACGACAAACGACAAACGACACACGACAAACGACAAACGACAAACGACAAACGACAAACGACACACGAUAAACGAAUUCUUUAA